GUGGGACAUUCAUCUCAAAGCUGUAAAACGCGUAGUUAUCUUUCUUGGUUAGAUCAAGUCUGUUUAUUGUUGAGAAUAAAAAAUGAACAUUGCAGUAACUGUGUUUAUGUUCGCACUGGCUGGGACAUUCAAUGUCAUUUUGGGCUUAGAUAACAACAGCACACAGACUCGUGGACUUGCUAGUACAGUGAAAAGAAGUGAUCCAACAAGAGACUUUAGAAUUGAAUCUGGAUCUGUUUACUUACAUCCUUGGACCGGAGUUAAGGAAAAGAAGGUGGCAAUAGUAUUUAGACAAGCAUUCUCAACACUGCCAUACAUAGUCUUGCAGCCCACUGUCUUAGAUCUUGACAAGAAUUUUAAUACUAGAUUAGUGAUCAAGGCUAUUGAUGUAACCCAGAACGGCUUCGUUUUACAGGUCUACACCUAUGCAGAUACCAUUCUCUAUGCCAUUGAGGUUACAUGGCUAGCUCUUAAUUAACUUUUGGAGAGUUGCAAUAUGAAGUCAAAGGAAUCAAUACAAGUAGCUAUUUUUAUGUAUUCGCUACAUUUUCUUUAUUUUCUAAACUAUUCUAAUUAUCUAAUGAUGCAAAAGGUUUCUUUUUUUUUUCAAUUUAGCUAUACAUAUUUAAAAUUUAGUUACAAGUAAAAAAAAAAGGUUACAAUUAUAUUUAACGUAAACAUUAAUGUAUUGUAACUGAUUAUACAAAAUAAAUAAUUGCAAUCUA